AUGACGACCGUCAUUCGAACCCGUCAUCCGCUGCAAGUCAUUAGCAUGAGCAACGAGCAGCCUGAACGAAGGAAAAGCAAGCGCCUGGCGGCAACGUCGGUAUAUGACGAGCAAGAUGGCGACUUUCACUUCACGCGCGGCUCGAAAUCGAAGCGAGUCAAGAACGCAGAUUCCGAGCCAGAGCCCGAACCAGAACCGGAGCCCGCACCGGUGGCCGCGAAGAAGUCGGGAAGAGGAAGGCCCGCGAAGGGACGCGCUUCAGCGGCUGCGAAGGCACCCGAGCCAACAUCAUCAGUAACUGCACCAAGAGCGGCGACUUCAUCGAAACCACGAACGCGACGAACAGCGAGUCUGCAACCGGUAGAGGAGGAUGAGCCAGAAUUGAUUGCGCCGAAGCGGACGACGCGCCGAAGCACGCGCAACUCGACGGGAAAGGCCGAGAAGGCGGAUAAGGAAAAGCCGGUCAGCAGACCAGCGCCAGUACCGGAAGAAGAUCACAAUGAUGAGGAAACCGCGACACCAAUGGAGGUAGAGAGGCGACUGACGCCUUGCGUCAUGGAAGGGCCAGUCGAGUCGGCGAAAAUAACUCUCCCUGUCAGCGAUACGCCUGUUAUCAAUCGCAACAAGGAGAUGCGGAAAAAGGGAGGCGGUAAUAGGCGGAGCAGUACGGGUAUGCGUGGCAGGAGAGCAAGCUCUCUGAUUGAGAGCGGGCACAACGCAAUUCCGCAUCGGGAGGUCGAAACCGCGGAAUUCUACAAGCAUAUCGAGUCUGAAGGCCUCAUGGAACCGAGGCGGAUGAAGCAGCUGUUAACCUGGUGCGGCGAACGAGCACUGCUGGAAAAGCCACCACAUGGGCAAACGGAUUCUAAUACAGUGCUGGGUGCACGCUACAUCCAGGAGCAACUACUGAAAGACUUUUCGACGAAGUCAGAAUUUUCAGACUGGUUCAGUCGAGAAGAGGGGCCAAAGCGGCCCGUGGUAUACAAACCAAACCCACGCAACAUCGAGCACCAACAGAAGAUUGAGCAACUAGAACAGAAAGUCAAGAGACUGAAAGAAGAAAAGAAGAAGUGGCUGGCGCUGAAGAAAUCACGCACAGAAGUCCCACCGUUAUUUCCCGAACCAGAUACAGCACAAACAGCAAUGGCAGAUGCAUCAGUACUUGAUCCGAAAGAAGCAGAAAUGCUGAGCUGGCUCACCAACCCGGCGUCCUCCUUCGAUAACCUACGCGCCAAGACGCUCUCCCGCCUGCAAAACACGCAGUCAACGCUGGAGUUUAAGGUGGACCAGCUCGCAGACGGCAUACACAAGCUCUUGCAACGAGUCGACACGGCAGGCCGAGAGGCGGAUAAGGUGCUCUCGCUCAGCGCCGCACGGCUCAAGGAGCGAGAGACGAAGGAAAAGGCCAAUGCGGGCACAAAAGAGAUGCCCGUUAUGGAGGUGCUCCGCAGCCUAGGUAGGAUAUUGCCAGAGGGCGGGGAGUAA